AUGAUUGAUUGUCUUAGUCGUGCAUCAAUUUUUGAAGAAGUACAAAAAUUGAUUGAUGAAUUUGAACGUGAUCAUUCACCUGCAUUGCCUAUGUAUAGGGCAUUGUUAUCAGGUGCUCGAAACAACAGGAAUAUUCAUUUAUCUCAAACAAUUUUUGAUCGUAUAAAGAAACUUUUUCCCGAAUUAACCAACUCAUUGACAUCAGCUACAGUUCUUCUUGCUAAUGUUUAUGCAUCAUCAGGUGAUAUUGAAAAGGCAUUAGAUAUUAGAAUUCAAUUGACUCAAACAGGUGCAAAGAAAAAAGCCGGUCUUUCAUGGACUAUAGUCAAUGAACAACUCUUUCAAUUUCGGGCUCAUGAUCGAUCUCAUCCUCGAUCAUCUGAAAUCUAUGCUGAACUUGAAAAAAUAUCAAAGGAACUUAUUGAACAUGGUCAUGAAUACGAUUCAAGUUGGAUUACACGACUCUUGGAUAAGGAUGAAACUAUUGAAUCAGUACUUUGUGGACAUAGUGAAAGACUUGCAAUUGCAUGGAAUUUUGUUGUAAAUCCCAAUGCAACACGUAUUCAAGUGACUAAGAAUCUUCGUGUUUGUGGUGAUUGUCAUCAAGCAACAAAAUUAAUAGCUGCUAUUCGUCAAUGUGAAAUCAUCGUUCGUGAUGCAAAUCGAAUACAUCACUUCUAUACAAAUGGACAAUGUUCAUGCAACGAUUAUUUCUGA